GCGUCGCGUACCGACGGGAGCGCGGGAGCACCGGGAACACUGGUCCGCCAGACACACGGCUCUGCAGCUGGGAUGGCUUCGGCUGCUGUGGAGACCUUCGUGGCCAAGCACUUGUACCUGCUGGAACUCGAGAGGGACGCGGAGGUGGAGGAGCGCAGGUCCUGGCAGGAGAACAUCUCUCUGAAGGAGCUGCAGAGCCGGGGCGUGUGUUUGCUGAAGCUGCAAGUGUCCAGCCAGCGCACGGGGCUGUACGGACGGCUGCUGGUCACCUUCGAGCCCAGGAGAUGUGGGCCUGUGGCAGUGCUUCCCAGCAACAGCUUCACUUCCGGUGAUAUCGUGGGUCUGUAUGACACUGCUAACGAAGGCAGGCAGCUGGCCACUGGGAUCCUGACCCGCAUCACCCAGAAAUCCGUCUCAGUGGCCUUUGAUGAGUCCCAUGACUUCCAGUUGACAUUGGACCGGGAGAACUUCUACAGACUCUUAAAGCUUGCCAAUGACGUUACUUACAAGCGCCUGAAGAAAGCCCUGGUUACCCUGAAGAAGUACCAUUCGGGGCCCGCGUCCUCGCUCAUCGAGGUCCUCUUCGGUGGAUCUGACCCCAGCCCUGCCCAGGAAAUACCCCCACUAAAGUUCUACAACACUGCCUUGGAUGCCUCUCAGAAAGAAGCAGUUUCCUUUGCCCUGUCCCAGAAAGAACUCGCCAUCAUCCAUGGACCUCCUGGCACUGGGAAAACCACGACCGUGGUGGAAGUUAUUCUGCAAGCUGUGAAGCAAGGCUUAAAGGUUCUGUGCUGCGCUCCCUCUAACGUUGCCGUGGACAAUCUGGUGGAGCGGCUGGCUCUGCGCAAGCUGCGGAUUCUGCGCCUUGGCCACCCUGCCCGCCUCCUGGAACCCAUUCAGCAGCAUUCCCUGGAUGCAGUUUUAGCUCGAAGUGACAGCGCCCAGAUUGUCGCAGACAUCAGAAAGGACAUCGAUCAGAUCUUUGUGAAAAACAAAAAGACCCAGGAGAAGAAGGAUAAAAGUAACUUUCGCAGUGAAAUCAAGCAGUUGAGAAAAGAGCUCAAGGAGAGAGAAGAGGCAGCCAUGGUGGAAAGCCUCACCGCGGCCAGCGUGGUCCUCGCAACAAACACAGGUGCUUCUCCUGACGGCCCUCUCAAGUUGCUUCCUGAGAGCUACUUCGACGUGGUGGUCAUUGAUGAGUGUGGCCAGGCCCUGGAAGCCAGCUGCUGGAUCCCCCUGCUGAAGGCCAGGAAGUGCAUCCUGGCUGGAGACCACAAGCAGCUGCCGCCCACCACAGUCUCGCACCAGGCGGCGCAGGAGGGGCUGUCACUCAGCCUGAUGGAGCGCCUUGCUGAGGAGCACGGUGACAAGGUGGUGCGGACGCUGACCGUGCAGUACCGUAUGCACCAGGCCAUCAUGCACUGGGCCUCGGAGGCCAUGUAUGGCGGUCAGCUCACAGCCCAUUCCUCGGUGGCGGGGCAGCUCCUGAGGGACCUGCCAGGUGUAACUGCUACAGAGGAGACGGGCAUCCCCCUGCUGCUCGUGGACACCGCCAGCUGUGGGCUGUUCGAGCUGGAGGAAGAGGAUGACCAGUCCAAGGGAAACCCGGGUGAAGUCCGCCUUGUCAGUCUGCACAUCCAGGCUCUGGUGGAUGCUGGUGUCCAAGCAAGUGACAUUGCUGUCAUCACGCCCUACAAUCUCCAGGUGGACCUGCUUAGACAGAGCCUCGAGCACAAGCACCCUGAGCUGGAGAUUAAGUCUGUUGAUGGCUUCCAGGGCCGCGAGAAGGAGGCUGUGGUGUUGUCCUUCGUCAGGUCGAACAGGAAGGGUGAGGUUGGUUUUCUGGCCGAGGACCGGCGGAUCAAUGUUGCUGUCACCCGAGCACGGCGCCAUGUGGCACUCGUUUGUGAUUCCCGCACUGUCAACAACCACCCCUUUUUGAAGACCCUGGUGGACUAUGUCACCCAGCAUGGGGAAGUGCGCACAGCCUUUGAGUAUCUUGAUGAUAUUGUCCCUGUAAACUAUGCUCAUGAGGGCCCACAGGGCCACAGCCAGGCUGCUGCAAAGCCUCGAGGCCCCACUUCCUCGGCCAGGAAGCUGCCCAGAAGUGGACGGCCAGAGGGUGGCCAGGAGGCUGGAGCAGCUGCCAGGCAGCACCAGAAGAAGCCAGGCACGAAGCCUUUGGCCUCUGAAGUCCCUUCCCAACCCCGAUUCAAUGGGGACAGCCAGGAGGGCCCGAGAGUUGCAGAUGGCACAGAGCGCUUCAGGGCCAUGAUCGAGGAGUUUGUGGCCAGUGAGGAGAUGCAGUUGCGGUUUCCUGCGUCCUUGAAUUCUCACGACAGGCUUCGGGUCCACCAGAUAGCCGAGGAGUACGGGCUGCGGCAUGACAGUGCUGGGGAGGGCAAGGCGAGGUGCAUUACUGUGAGCAAGAGGGGCCACGGGGUCAGCAGCAGAGCUCCCCUCCCCGCUGUGGCCUCCAGCCCUGGGCAGCCAGAGCGGCCCCCUGAGGAGCAGUGCACCCAGGCUGGGGUGGACCUGAAGGUACUGCACCUAGAGAGGCUGCAGAGGGUGCAGGGCACCCAGGAACAGCCAGCCAAGAAGGAGCAGCCAGUCCUGGGCUCAGGGCUGCAGAAGUUUCCAGAAAAGAAAAAGAAAAAAGAAGCCAAGGGCCGCCCCGCCAGGGAUCAACCUACUGAGGAGGACUUCGAUGCCUUAGUGUCAGCUGCCGUGAAGGCCGACAACACCUGCAGCUUUGCCAAAUGUUCAGCCAGUGUCGUGACUUUGGGACAGUUCUGCCAGUUCUGUGGCCACCGCUACUGCCUCAGCCACCACCUCCCCGAGGUCCACGGCUGCGGUGAGAAGGCUCGAGUCCAUGCCCGGCAGAGAAUCAGCCGGGAGGGGGUCCUCUAUGCUGGCAGCGGGACCAAGGACAGGUCUCUGGACCCUGCCAAGAGGGCCCAGCUCCAGAGGAGGCUGGACAAGAAGCUGGGGGAGCUCAGCAGCCAGAGGGCGAGCAAGAGGAAGGAGAAGGGGACAUGAUGGUGGUUGCCCAGAGUGGGAGACUGCAGCUGCUGCCAAGCCCGGGGCACAGGGGCACACGGGCAUCCUCAGGGAUGACCUGUUCCCUGCUGCCUCCAUCACUCCUAGCGAGACCGGAAAUCUCACAUGUGGGCCUCAGGGAAGAUCCUGUUUCCCUGGAGAUGUGCCUGGCAUCGGCCUCUGUCACGGCAGCUGCCUGGGUGAGGCACCAGGAAGAACCAAGAGGCCCGGAAGCCCUGAACGCCCCAGAAAGCGGGUCCCGAAAGGGGCUUUCUGCCCGUGUGUGCCGUCUCGCCAGCUGCGGCCGCCUUCCUGUGUUCCCAGUGCCUGCUCCGGCUCUUGCCCUGGGGGCCAUGGAUGCAGCCUGACCUCUGCUUAGGGAAGCUUCUGGUGGGUGCUGGUCCUCCCUCUGUAACGGGUUGGACGACAGCUGAAGUGGCCGUUCUGUAGUGGCCCUCCUGGGAGAGAGCCGUCCCGGAGCGUCCGUGUUGCUGACGCUUAUGGUUCCAAGACUCCCUAAGCACUCUGCCAAAUAUUUAUAAGAACCUCACAGAGGUAUUUUAGUCUGAGGCUCUUAUUUCAAAAGGACAUAAAUUAUUUUAAAGUGCAAUAAAAGACAUGCAUACAA